CACAGAAAACCAAGCACACACAGAGAGAGACGAAAAAGAAAAAGAAAAGAAAGAAAGAAAGAAAAAAAAAAAUUCUCAGACAAACAAAGAAAAGAAAAACCCUAGCUUUUUUACACACAAAAACACACAUUGAUCUGAUCAAAAAAUUGAGGUAAGCUUUCACAAACCCCCCUGAAUCUUUGAGUCUGAAAUCCCAAAUCUUAAACCCUUGGAACGUUGUGUGAAAAACCCAGAAGCGAAAAAAGAGAAAAGUUGUGAUUUUGAUUUCUGGGUUUGUUUUGUUUGGGCGAAAAGUGAAGGAAAAUCAAUUGGGGUUUGUGUUUUUAGGGGUUUUUUUUGUUUAUUGUUAUAGAAAAGAAUGGAUGAUUUGGAGAAGGCUAUACUUAUAUUGUUUGAUGAAUGGGGUGGUCCUAUUGAUGAAGGAUUGAAGAAACAGGCUAAGGAUUACUGUGAUGAAAACAAGGAAAAGCCAUUAAUUUGUAGUGUUUGUAUUGAGAAACUGUGUUUUUCAAACUCAGCCCAGGUACAAUUUUGGUGUUUACAGACUCUUCAUGAGGUUAUUCGGGUUAGAUACACGUCUAUGAGUCUAGAUGAGAAGUUUUUCAUUAGAAAAUCCGUGUUUUCGUUCGCGUGUUUGGAGGCUAUUGAUGAAAAUAAUGUUGCUAGGGUGUUAGAGGGUCCUGCAUUUAUAAAGAACAAGCUUGCUCAGGUUUUGGUUACUUUGAUUUAUUUCGAGUACCCGUUAAUUUGGCCCUCUGUGUUUGUCGAUUUUAUGCCUCAUCUGAGCAAAGGGGCUGUGGUGAUUGAUAUGUUUUGUCGGGUUUUGAAUGCUUUGGACGAGGAAGUGAUUAGUUUGGACUAUCCCCGGACUUCUGAAGAGUUGGAGGCUGCAGGGCGGAUUAAGGAUGCGAUGAGGCACCAAUGUAUAUCUCAGAUAGUUAGAGCAUGGUAUGAUAUUGUGUCGUUGUAUAGGAAUUCAGAUCAGGAACUUUGUACUAGUGUAUUAGAGUCGAUGAGGAGGUAUAUAUCUUGGAUUGAUAUUGGUUUGAUUGUUAAUGAUGCGUUUCUCCCACUAUUGUUUGACAUAGUUUUGGCUGGUGGGCUGUUGGAACAAUUCCGUGGUGCUGCGGCUGGGUGUUUGUUGGCAGUGGUGUCUAAGAGGAUGGAAUCUCAAGCGAAACUAUCUUUGUUGCAGAGUCUUCAAAUAAGUCGGGUUUUUGGGUUGGUAGCUGAGGAUGGUGAUUCUGAGUUGGUUUCAAGUAUAGCUACAUUGCUUACUGGGUAUGCACAAGAAGUUUUAGAAUGCUUUAAACGGUUAAAUUCUGAGGAAGCAAAGAGUGUUUCAAUGGAGCUUCUGAAUGAAGCCUUGCCCUCUGUUUUCUAUGUAAUGCAGAACUGUGAGGUGGAUGCAUCAUUUAGUAUAGUGCAGUUUCUUUCAAGUUAUGUUGGCACAAUGAAAAGCCUUUCCCCUUUAAGAGAGAAGCAGCUGGUUCACGUGGGUCAUAUUUUAGAAGUGAUCCGUGCACAGAUUUGCUAUGAUCCUACAUACCGCAAUAAUCUCGAUAUAUUGGAUAAAAUUGGGAGAGAGGAGCAAGAUAGGAUGGUGGAGUUUAGGAAGGAUUUAUUUGUGCUGCUUCGUAAUGUGGGUCGUGUGGCACCUGAUGUUACUCAGGUAUUUAUCAGAAAUGUGUGUGUUAGUUCUGUUGCAUCUUCACCUGACAGGAAUGUUGAAGAGGUGGAAGCAGCACUUGCUCUUUUUUAUGCUCUAGGAGAGUCAGUAAGCGAGGAUUCAAUGCGAUCUGGAAGUGGACUUUUGAGUGAGUUGGUUGUGAUGCUUCUAUCAACAAGGUUUCCUUGCCAUUCUCAUAGGCUAGUAGCACUAGCAUAUCUAGAGACAGUAACAAGAUAUAUGAAGCAUGUUCAAGAGAAUACCCAAUAUAUUCCUAAUGUUCUGACUGCCUUUCUUGAUGAAAGGGGAAUACACCAUCCCAACAUCAAUGUUAGCCGAAGGGCAAGUUAUCUGUUCAUGAGGGUUGUAAAAUUGCUAAAAGUGAAUCUUGUGCCUUUUAUAGAGAAAAUUUUGCAGAGUCUGCAAGAUACAGUUGCUCAAUUUACAAGUAUGGAUUAUGCGUUAAAAGAUCAUUCAGGAUGUGAAGAUGGUAGCCACAUUUUUGAGGCAAUUGGUUUAUUGAUUGGGAUGGAAGAUGUGCCACUGGAAAAGCAAUCUGAGUAUCUCUCUGCAUUGCUCACUCCUCUUUGUCAACAGGUUGAAGCAUUGCUCAUGAAUGCAGAAUUAUUGUCUCCAGAAGAGGCUCCUGCCAAAUUUGCUAUUAUCCAGCAAAUAAUCGUGGCAAUUAAUUCUCUCAGCAAGGGCUUCAGUGAGCGCCUUGUAACUACUAGUCGCCCAGCAAUUGGUCUCAUGUUCAAGCAGACACUGGAUGUUCUUCUCCAAGUUCUUGUUGUAUAUCCGAAGAUAGAGCCUUUGCGGAUUAAGGUCACAUCCUUUAUACACCGAAUGGUGGACACUUUAGGAGCAUCUGUAUUCCCAUACCUCCCAAAGGCAUUGGAGCAAUUGCUUGCAGAAAGUGAGCCAAAGGAGAUGGUUGGUUUUCUUUUACUACUUAAUCAAAUUAUAUGCAAGUUCAACAUGUUGUUUCAUGACAUAUUGGAAGAAGUAUUUCCUACUAUUGCUGGUAGGAUAUUUAAUGUUAUUCCAAGAGAUGCAGUUCCUUCAGGACCUGGAACCAAUACUGAGGAAAUCCGCGAAUUGCAGGAGCUUCAGCGAACAUUAUAUACGUUUCUUCACGUGAUAACAACACAUAAACUGUCUUCUGUUUUUCUUUCCCCCAAAAGUAGGCCCUACUUGGAUCCAAUUAUGCAGUUGCUAUUGUACUCAUCCUGUAAUCAUAAGGAUAUUCUUGUAAGAAAGGGGUGCGUUCAGAUAUUUAUUACAUUAAUUAAAGAUUGGUGUGCCAGUCCUUAUAGCGAAGAAAAGGUGCCUGGCUUCCAAGGAUUUAUAAUUGAGCACUUUGCAACAAAUUGUUGUUUGUAUAGCGUGCUAGACAGAUCCUUUGAGUUUCGUGACGCAAAUACUUAUGUUUUGUUUGGAGAAAUUGUGCUGGCUCAGAAGGUCAUGUAUGAAAAGUUUGGUGAUGCAUUUCUCAGAUAUUUUCUUUCGAAAGGUUUUCCAGCUGCACAUUGCUCUCAAGAUUUGGCAGAGCAAUACUGUCAGAGGUUGCAGGGUAAUGAUAUCAAGGCAUUGAAAUCAUUCUACCAGUCACAUAUUGAAAAUUUAAGGAUGCAGCAGAAUGGAAGCCUUGUUUUCAGAUAGCAUUGUCAUUGAUAAGAUGAAUGUUGUAUUCCCACGCUUCAUAUUUUUUUUAUGCUCCUGAAUUGUGGCAAUGCAGUUUUGUUCUCUAAGGGUUCUUUCUGUAUAUAACUUUUUGUGCGCGCUAUUUUUGUCAUCAAGUUGUAAAUUUCUGGAAGAAAAAAUUUCAUAAUUUAUGAUAAGUACGGCUACAUCUGUCUGGAGCUGCUUAGCCUGAGAUCAAGCUAUUCUAUGUUCUGUUCAUAACCAAUUUUGUUGUUUUGGUUUAUUUAUUUAUUUAUAUUAGUGAUUGCAUUUUCUUGUUGUUUAUAAAUAUUCUUACAUUUUAGUCUCAAUUCAUAAAAUUUGAUACUUAAUUUUUGCCAAGAGCCCUUGUAGCUCAAGUGGCUCCUCUUCCCAUCAUCAUAUAAAAUUUUAGCUUUACAGUAUUGAUACA